AAAAUCUAAAACAGCAAUCAAAAAACCUAAACCCAAAACAGUAACAGAAAAUCUAAAUAAAUAUAAAAGUGAUUUAGUAAUCAAAAAUUCAAGUGGUGACAAAGAACCUAAAACAGAGAUCAAGCAAAGAUCACAAACUCAAAGUGGUGGCAAAGAACCUAUAGUAGCCCAAAACAGUAAUAACAACUAA